AUGCGGACAAAGCCAUCACCCAAUGAUGACAUCUGUCCCGGGCUAAGGAAGGCCAUGGGAGCAGCGAGGGCACCCUGGAGCCGGCUAUGGACUUCACGCUUCCUAGUCCUCGUUCCGCUCUUCCUCUGCCUGGUGGCCUCCUUGACCGAGAAGGCCGCCCACCACCAAGACCCCUUCGAGAAAUGCAUGGAGGACCCUGACUAUGAGCAGCUGCUCAAAGUCAUGACUUUGGGCCUCAACCGGACCUCCAGGCCUCAGAGGGUGAUUGUAGUCGGGGCUGGCGUGGCUGGGCUGGUGGCCGCCAAGGUGCUCAGCGACGCCGGGCACAAGGUCACCGUCCUGGAAGCAGACAACAGGAUCGGGGGCCGAAUCUUCACUUACCGAGAUGCAAAGACAGGCUGGAUCGGGGAGCUGGGGGCCAUGCGUAUGCCCAGCUCACACAGAAUCCUCCAUGAGCUCUGCAAGAGUCUGGGACUCAACCUGACCCACUUCAUCCAGUAUGACGAGAACACCUGGACAGAGGUGAAUGGAGUGAAGCUUCGAAACUACGUGGUGGAGAAGAUGCCUGAGAAGCUGGGCUACAAACUGCGCCCCAGGGAGAAGGGCCACUCACCAGAGGAAAUCUACCAGAUGGCCCUCAAUAGGUCCCUCAAAGAUCUCACGACACUGGGCUGUGAAUGGGCACUGAAGACGUUUGAAAGGCACACACUCCUGGAAUACCUCCUCGGGAAGGGGAAUCUGAGCCAGCCGGCCGUGCGGCUCCUGGGAGACACGAUGUCCAAGGACGGCUUCUUCUAUCUCAGCUUCUUGGAGGCUUUGCGCGCCCACACCUGCCUCAACGACCAGAAGCGGUACAGCCGCAUCGUGGGCGGCUGGGAUUUGCUGCCGCGUGCGCUGCUGAGCUCGCUGUCAGGGCCAUUGCUGCUGCGCACGCCGGUGGUGGCGGUGAAACAAGGGCUGCAUGAGGUGCAUGUGCACGUCUCCACGUCGCACGGGGCCCACUUCCAGAAGGUGCUGAACGCUGACAUGGUGCUGCUGACGGUCAGUGGCCCGGCACUGCGGCGCAUCUCCUUCACGCCACCGCUAUCGAACAAGCGCCAGCACGCCCUGCGCGCCCUUCAUUACGUGGCAGCCACCAAGGUCUACCUGAGCUUCCGUCGGCCUUUCUGGCGCGAGGAGCACAUCGAAGGCGGCCACUCGAAUACCGACCGCCCGUCGCGUGUCAUCUACUACCCACCACCAGGAGAGGGCGCGCUGCUGCUGGCCUCGUACACGUGGUCGGACGCGUCUGCGCCUUUCGCCGGCUUGAGCACUGACGAGGCGCUGCGUUUGGCGCUGGAAGACGUGGAGGCGCUGCACGGACCCAUCGUCUACCGGCUGUGGGAUGGCAGCGGCGUGGUCAAGCGCUGGGCGGAGGACCCGUAUAGCCAAGGCGGUUUCGUGGUGCAGCCGCCCAUACUCUGGCACCCGGAGAAGGAGGACAGGCACGCCACCAACUGGGAGGUGCCCUAUGGCCGCAUAUACUUUGCUGGCGAGCACACUGCCCUCCCACAUGGCUGGGUGGAGACAGCUGUCAAAUCGGCUCUGCGGGCAGCCAUGAGGAUCAACAGCCACAGCCAGUCUGGGCACAAGGCCGAUCACGCCCACCUGGUCCAGAAGGCCUCAACCACUCAAAAUCCGACGCAUAAAUCGGUCUCUACUGAGCACACAACCCACAAGGGGGCCCAGCAUUAA